CGCCCUCUAGGCGGGCGAACCCAAUCAACGUCGUGAGCGUGAGCCCUACCUACCGUGGGUUUCUGCGGGGUUAGUAUUAAGCCUGGGUUUGCUGGUUGGUUCCGGGCGAGGCGCAGACCUGACCGUGGGGCCUGAAGCCCGAUUCCGUCCAGGCUUCCCGGGAUGUCGGUGGCCUUCGUACCGGACUGGCUGCGAGGCAAAGCGGAAGUAAAUCAAGAGACUAUCCAGCGGCUUCUGGAGGAGAAUGACCAGCUGAUUCGCUGUAUCGUGGAGUAUCAGAACAAGGGCCGGGCAAACGAGUGCGUCCAGUACCAGCAUGUGUUACACAGAAAUCUCAUUUAUUUGGCUACCAUUGCAGAUGCCAGCCCAACCAGUGCUUCAAAAUCAAUGGAAUAAUCUUCCAGUUGGUUGUCCUGAAGAGUAAUUGAAUGUAGCCUACCUCCUACGAAAUGGAAACAAGAUUAUUAGCACCUCAGCUGCUUAAAACGUGACUGAAACCUCUGUGGCUCAUUUAAAAAUGUAACAAUGUGAAGAAAGCUACUAAAUUAAUGUUAUUGGGAAUGCACGUAUUUAAUAACUUAGCAAACUCCCUCAAUAUUGACCCAGGGUGUCCUCUUUCCUGAAAUGGGAGUGCGUUUGGGUAACAAACACAUCAUGGGCACCUUCAAGCCUACCAUUUUAGUUUCAGCCUGAAAAGGAAACUGAGUAGGUGUUGGGCAGUUAGCAGGAAUUAGGGAGACUCUCAACUGAGACCUUGCCAAAUGGACAUAUAACUGUGUGCCCCCUUCUGCCAGUUUGUAGUCGUGGUGCCUCUGACUGCUCUUUUCAGGUUGCUUUGAAAUAAAGCUUGCCUUUCCAUGAAA